AUGGCCAAGAAGGGCAAGGAGAAAAAGUUGAAGGACCCCAAAGGCAUCCCCCUGGCCCAGCCAGAUCGAUCAGGCCCUACCGAAGCUACUUUGCUGCAGCUCGCCCAGGAGAGAGGUCUCUUCCAGCAAGAAGACGAGGCGAGAAAAAGAAACCAGAAUGUCCCAGAAGGCGCCGUCCGAAUCGACCGACCCAAGGCUCAAGUUGGAAGCAAUGGAGAGAACGAGGACGACGACGAGGAAGAGGGCGACGAAGCUUUGCUCUCCCCUUUCGUAGAACGUAUAAUGGACUCGCUGCUGUGGACGGUCAGCCUGGCGAUGGUCCACGGUACUCUCGACGUGCUCGUCCAGAACCAGUACGCCAUUGCAAUUGACUUGCCAACAGUCAUCACUCGGACUGUGGUCGCGUUCUUGGUUCUCUUCUUCCUAUUCCAUAACCUCCACGAACACAAGUCGAGCCCGGAUUUCAUCCCGGGACUGCCGCACCGCUUCCAGCACCCCGUCCGCCAGGCCCUCUUCUUCGCCAUGAGCGUCUCCGCCGGGUGCUACUUGAUCUACAUCACCAACAAGUACAGCUACCUCCACACUCUGAAGCAAGCUCCGACGCUCGGGUGUUUGUGGAUUUGGUCCGUCCUGGAGCUCGACCUGGCCGUGUGCGCCGCGAGCUUGGCUGUCGCGGCGGCGUUUUUGUUGCAAGGAGGAUACGAUAUUAAAUGA